AUGUCUCUCAUAACCCCGUCAAGGGAGCAGCGAUAUGAUCGCCAGUUGCGUCUUUGGGGUGAUAGAGGCCAGGAAAUUUUAGGGGACACCAGCGUCUGUCUAUUAGGGGCUGGCGCAGUUGGAUCAGAGCUGCUUAAAAACCUGGUUUUACCUGGUAUUGGGAGCUUUACAAUCGUCGACGAUGCUCUUGUCACAAGAAAGGAUUUGGGGAGCAAGUUUCCUAGGGCCCAAGCUGUUGCUGAACUCCUCUCUGAAUUAAAUACCGAUGUUCGGGGGAAUUUCAUUGUAGAAAGCCUUGAUAACUUACUGGAGAAUGACCCAGACUUUUUUCUUGGAUUUGGUGCAAUUGUUUAUACUGACAUCCGGGAGAACCAACUUCUGAGAAUUAGUCGAAUCGUUUCUCCUGCUCAUAUUCCCAUCGUCGUAUGCAUCAGCGUCGGUUUUAUUGGAUUUCUUCGUGUGUCAGUGCCGGAGCAUGCUAUUAUUGAGUCACAUCCCGAUGCGAUCAAGCCCGAUCUUCGACUUGACAAUCCCCCGGAGGCUUUUGUCCGCUUGGUUAACGAACCAGAAAAUGAUAUAGAGGCCCUUCCAGCGAGUGAGCUCGUACAGGUCCCGUGGCUUAUAAUAAUUUAUAAGUUUAUUCUGCGUUUUCGGCAGGAGAAGGGCCACUUUCCAGCCUCAUAUGCUGAUAAGCAAGAAGUCCGGAAAUUGAUUACUUCGGCCGCCGACUCCAUGCUGGAGAAAUGUCGUUCCCGAGGAGAGACAAUCGAGCCCCUAUUUGAGCUCACAAAUUUCCAGGAAGCAGCGCGUGCCGUAAACACAGCAAUCUCUGAAACUAAGAUUCCACCAGAGGUUACUCAGAUAUUUGAUGAUUGCCGUUGCGUAUGGUCAAACACCUGCGUACUGAGGUCACCUUCUAAAUGCCCACCAGCCAAACAUCGUAAGUCUGAAAAGACCCAGAGCCCUCUAAUGAACUUGUCGAUGGCCACAUUCUGGAAGCUCGCCAGUGCGGUAAAGGAGUAUACGUUGAAUGAAGGCCAUGGAUGCCUGCCAAUUCGGGGCGACUUGCCUGACAUGUCAUCGAGCUCCAGUCGUUAUUUGAAACUCCUUUCUGCUUAUCGAGAAAGCGCUGAAGUGGCUGUCGAGCAACUGUCAUCGCGAUUGUCACACUUAAGUGGCCUGCGCCUUGAAGACGUAAGACUUUUAGCACGCAACGCUGCGUAUCUAAGGGUAAUUAAGUUCCGCUCACUGGAGGAGGAAUUGAAGCUGUCGCCUGCGCGUUCCGACGACCUACACCUGAUCCCAACCCACGAAUGCAAUGACGCCAUCCUGUGGUACUUUAUGCUUCGUGGAGCAGCCAGCUUCUUUGCUGAACAUGGACGGUGGCCAGGCAGCCUUUGCGGUACAUCCUCGCCUGCGACGGCAUCAGGAGCCGGUGCCGACGGUGGGGAUAGCCAACUCUUCUCACAAAUAGUCGAACUCGAUCUGCCAAACUUACGGAAUCACGUGAACCGUGUCCUCACUGCAAGCGGCGUCGCCGUGAAUCGCGUCUGUGACGACUUUGUACAUGAGAUGUGCCGUUUCGGCGGCAGCGAGGUGCACUCCAUCGCCGCGUUCAUGGGCGGCAUCGCAGCCCAGGAGGUCAUCAAGCUCGUCACCCACCAGUUCGUGCCGGUCUGCCAGCCCCUCAUCUACAACGGCAUAACCCAGCAGACCGACCUACUCGAGUUCUGA